AUGGCGCUGAUUGUCGACAAGCACCGGCCGCGGUCUCUGGACACGCUGACGUAUCACCCAGAGCUGACAGACCGACUACGAGCACUUGCUCGCAGCGGCGACUUCCCACAUCUGCUGGUGUACGGGCCAUCGGGAGCGGGCAAGAAGACAAGAAUCGUGGCGACGCUGAAGGAGCUGUACGGGCCGGGCGUGGAGAAGAUCAAGAUUGACGCGCGCGUGUUCCAGACGACGAGCAACCGGAAGCUCGAGUUCAACAUCGUGGCUUCGGUCUACCAUAUGGAGAUCACGCCGUCGGACGUGGGCAACUACGACCGCGUGGUAGUGCAGGACCUGCUCAAGGAGGUGGCGCAGACACAGCAAGUCGACCAGGCUGCCCGGCAACGCUUCAAAGUCGUGGUGAUCAACGAGGCCGACCACCUGACACGCGACGCCCAGGCAGCCCUGCGCCGCACGAUGGAAAAGUACUCGCCCAAUCUGCGGCUCAUCUUGCUGGCCACGUCGACGGCCAACAUCAUCGCGCCCAUCCGGUCGCGCACGCUGCUGGUGCGCGUGGCCGCGCCCUCGCACGACGAGAUCUGCGGCGUCCUGGCAGCCGCGGCGCAGCGGGAGGGCUGGCCGGCUGUGCCGGCGCUACAGCGCCGUGUCGCCGAGGGCAGCGGGCGGAACCUGCGGCGGGCGCUGCUGAUGUACGAGGCCGUGCACGCACAAAACGAGAAGGUAGUAGACAGCACGCCCAUCCCGCCACCCGACUGGGAAGCCCUCAUCGGCCACGUCGCCAAGGAGAUCAUGGACGAGCACACACCGGCACGCAUCCUGCAGGUGCGGGCGAAGCUGUACGAUCUCCUGACACACUGCAUCCCGCCGACGACAAUUCUGCGGACGUUGACGUUCAAGCUGGUGGCGCUGAUCGACGCCGAGUUGAAACCGGAGGUGAUCCGAUGGUCGGCCUUUUACGAGCACCGCAUCAAGACGGGUACCAAGGUGAUCUUCCACCUGGAGGCGUUCGUGGCCAAGUUUAUGCGGAUAUUCGAAAUGUACCUCAUGAGCAUGGACAUGUAA